UAGAGAAGCCCGAGCGAUUCCCUUUCCUCCCCUGUGGAGGACCCGAUUUCCGCUUCCGGUUGGGUUUCUCGGCCAUGGCCGCUUGCAGAGGUCUAGCGGGCGUGCAGAGGUUGCUGGGGUUACCGAGGCUGGCGGCCCGCGCGGCCUCCUCCGGGGGAGCCGCCAGCUCUGCAGCCCUCCAGGUGCCCCCCAAGGCGAGCCCGGCGGCGGUGACGCCUGCGCACUCUGAAGACGAUGAGGAGGUCCCGGUUUUUUAUAAGAAUCCAGAUUUCCAUGGCUUUGACCGCGAUCCAGUCAUCGAUGUGUGGAACAUGCGAGUGGCCUUUUUCUGCGGCAUCUCCCUCACCAUUGUAGUGGGCACCGCCUUUGUGCAUUAUCUGCCUGAACGCGGGAUGCCGUUUGGCUGCAUCGGACUGCGAGAUGAAAAGAACUACAACAGCCUGUCUGACAUCACCGAGAAGUAUGAGAUCGGGCAGCUGCUGCGGGCGAAGGAGUUCUGCGAGAUCUGUGUGGCCCGUGAACGCCAGACGGAGAGGCUGUACAUCUGCAAGAAGUUCCUUAAGAAGGACGGGCGCAAAGUGCGACGGGCAGCGAAGAACGAAAUCCUCAUCCUGAAGAUGGUGAGUCACCCCAAUAUCUUGCAGCUGAUUGACACGUUUGAGACGCGGAAAGAAUUCUACAUCAUCCAAGAGCUUGCUACUGGCGGGGAUGUCUUUGACUGGAUCCUAGACCAGGGCUACUACACAGAAAAGGACGCUAGCAACGUCAUCCGGCAGGUGUUGGAAGCACUGGCCUACUUACACAACCUCCACAUCGUCCACCGCAACCUUAAGUUGGAGAACCUCAUGUACUACAACCAGAACAACCGCUCCAAGGUAGUGUUGCGGGAUUUUUAUCUCUCACGCUUUGAGAAUGGGGCCAUCACAGAGCCAUGUGGGACCCCCGAAUAUUUGGCGCCUGAGGUGGUUGCCCGGCAACGUUAUGGACGUCCUGUGGACUGCUGGGCUGUGGGGGUUAUUAUGUUCAUUCUCCUAUCUGGGAACCCCCCCUUCUACGACGACACAGACGACGAGAACAGCGACAGCCACAACCGACGCAUAUUCCGCAAGAUUCUAGCUGGGGAAUAUGACUUUGACUCCCCCUACUGGGACGACAUCUCUCUUGCUGCCAAAAAGCUGGUAUCACGGCUCAUGGAAAUUGACCAGGACCAGCGAAUCACAGCCCAGGAGGCACUGGGGCAUGUUUGGAUAUCUGGCAACAUUGCCUCUGAAAAGAACCUCAAGGAAGGGGUCUGUGCACAGAUCGAAAAGAACUUUGCCAAGGCCAAGUGGAGGAAAGCCAUCCGGGUUACCACUUUCAUGCAACGCCUCCGGGCUUCGGAUGCCAGCGGCCGCCUCCCCGUCACUCCUCGGUCCUCCAUGAGCGUUGCCCACGAGGUCACCAUCGAGGCACCCAGACUGGGCGAACGCCUGGAGGCCCCGUGCCCACUGGAGGAACAAAAGAACAAGACAGAGGAAGCUGCAGAGAAGAGGGAAUAACCGCUUCCACUUUCCCCGCCCCAUCUUCCGGGAGACUUCUUUGCUGAAUCGACACCCACUCACCCUCUCUUCUGCCCUUGGA